AGUGCUGGGAUUACAGGCGUGCGCCACCAUGCCCAGCUUUAACCUCUUCUGUGGUUGCUCUUUAGGCUGGGAGCUGCCUCACUGCUCAGGCCUCUGGGCCUCCCCAGAAUGGGCCCCUCCUGAGGUCCUUCAAGACACUGAGAGACACCAAAAGAGAGUUAGAACUAUGUUUAACUUGGAGCAGCUGGAAGAGUUGGAGAAAGUGUUUGCAAAACAGCACAAUCUGGUGGGAAAGAAGAGAGCCCAGCUGGCAGCCCGGCUCCACCUUACAGAGAACCAGGUGAGGAUCUGGUUCCAAAACCGCAGGGUCAAGUAUCAGAAGCAGCAAAAGCUGAAACUGCCAGCCCUGUCUGCUGUAGCUGCCUCCCCAGAUGAGCCCUCCAGCAGCUCUGACAGCAGCAUCCAGAGUGAAGAUGCCCAGACAGGAGCUGACAGCUGAGGACUGGGACGGAAAUGAUCUGGGCUAGUUCUUCCUGGUGGCACCCAUUGGACUUACCUGCCCUGCA